CUGCCGCCGCCGUGUAUUCUGGGAUCAUUCAGUAAAUGCAAGAUGGCGGCGAGCAGGAGGCUGCACAAGGAACUUGAAGAAAUCCGCAAAUCUGGAAUGAAAAAUUUCCGUAACAUCCAAGUUGAUGAAUCAAAUAUUUUGACUUGGCAAGGGCUUAUUGUUCCUGACAACCCCCCUUACGACAAAGGAGCAUUCAGGAUUGAGAUCAUUUUUCCUGCUGAGUAUCCUUUCAAGCCCCCCAAGAUUACAUUCAAAACAAAGAUCUACCACCCCAACAUUGACGAGAAGGGCCAGGUCUGCCUGCCAGUGAUAAGUGCCGAGAACUGGAAGCCAGCUACCAAAACUGACCAAGUAAUCCAGUCCCUCAUUGCCCUGGUCAACGACCCCCAGCCAGAGCAUCCCCUGAGGGCUGACUUAGCAGAGGAAUACUCAAAAGACCGUAAAAAAUUCUUUAAGAACGCAGAAGAGUUUACAAAGAAACAUGGUGAAAAGCGACCAGUGGACUAAUAAUUUGACAGUGUGAAACCCCCCUCCUCUCCUUUGCCCUGUUCCUCUGCCCCUCUACCCUCUACUUCCUAGCCUACCCAUCCACCCACACACACACGUCAUGCUAGCGGGCCCGGAGCAGUGCAUCUCAGUCGCACCUCAAUCUUGAAGCAGGACUCUUUGUGAAUCAGAUGAAUUUUACACCUUUUGGUGUUAGCUUGAGGCUGUUACUAACUUUCUACUGUUUUCUUAAUGUAAAAAAAGACAAAAAGAGAACAACCUGUAAAGAUGGGGAACUAAGAGGAAAGAAAAAAACGCAACAUUUAGUUCCACUUUCUUUGUUUAAAAUCACUGCUUGAGUAUAGUACACUGCAUACAAUUUUGACUGUUUUCGAAGCAAGAUACUACGCCCUUCAGGAAGUGAUGUUAAUACCAUUUUUUCUUUACUGUCUGAUGUUAUUUCUCUCCAAAAAGAAUAUGUCUUUGUAAAAAAAGGAAAAAAAACUUAAGUAAAUUACAGGCACUUAAAGCAGCAGGGUCCUGGAGGUGUGUGACAAAA